CUUCACCAUACAUUUGUUACAAUCGACUACGACAAUUUGGAGACAUUGUUUGGACAAAAUGACAUAUAUAUAACACUGAAGGAGAAAAAAUGACGCGAAAUUACCGGAAAUGAGUGAUGACAACGACAAAUGAUGACCACUCCCAGGAAGUCACCGACAGCUUCGCACUAUUUGACCAAAAUACGAGUACUUAUAACAGCGAACGGGGAAAUACUGAUCGAAAAUUGCUGGGAAUAACUUUUGACAAUGAUCUCUUCCGAGGACGCAUAGAUUAUUGCAAUUUAUUACUGUUUAAUUCAGGCACCAGUACACACUAUACUAUGGAGAAUCACCGAGAACAAUUUACUCAAUCGUGUGAAAAUGAGAUUACAGGCAAUGAAGAAUUACAGAACGAAACUGAUUUCGUUACAGCAGAAAAUUCGCAGUUAUCUGCUCCGCGAUGUCCAUCCCUUAAAAGUAAUAUUAAAAUGUUCCUUUUGUUCCUGAUGUCGGAAGAACCGAAAUAGUUCUA